AUGGAAAACCUAAACGAUGAACAAUGCCUGAUAAAGUAUACAAUUAGUGAUCUUGGCAUGGCUUUAGCAAUGAUUCAGCGGUUUGUGCUUGAAGAGGCAAAGACAAUCAAAAAAAUCUUACAUUGGUCGGAAAGCGACCCCGACCCCACAGCAAAUUUACCCGCCUUACCUGUGCAUCUUGAGAAGAGAACGAAAUUUCGCGAACGCACACCUGAAGCAGGUGAUGGCAGGUUAACAGAAAUGGUUGGCGACAUGUCAGAAACAGAAUUAUUCAAUAUGCAAAUUCGCAAAAAGUUAAAAUUGUUAAGAGAUUGGUAUGAUAUAGAUCAACAGUCAUAUGUAGACCAACUUCUUAGACAGUUCGGUGAUGAUUAUGAAAAUCCACAGACUCUAUCAGCCCGCGAAACCACUCAGGCGUCGUCGUUGGUGAUAGGUUUUUCUUGA